UAUAUACAAAAUAAUUUGAUUUAAAUUCCAGUCUUCAUUUUGGGUUCGAACUUGCUCUAAUUUUGGGACCAAGAAUCCCUCCGGGCUGUAAAAGUAAAAGUGUACUCGUGUCCAUGCUCCAUGCAAGCCGCGCUUUAUUCUUCUAGAGAGUCGCAAACCAAACCGGGAAAAGGAAAGGAAAGGAGAUAAUUAUAGCGAAGAUCCGAGUGAGUGACAAGUGCUGGUUUUUGGCUUAACCGGGCCGCUUCCACUUUCCGUCCUUCCUUCAAACAUCUCCCACCGAGUAGAAGAUUCUUAAUCUGGUUUGAGCCCCUCUCUUGAUUAGAUCUCGUUCUCUUCCAAUUCGAUCCUCACUAUUCUGCUGGUUUUCUGUCCUACUGCAGCAGGGCAGCGUCGGAGCACGAGAAGAUGUUUAGGAUUCUCACGCAGAGGGUUUUGGGACAGUCGCUGCUGCAGCAGGGGAUUCGCCCUGGAGCUGUUGCUUCGGCUUCGAGAUGUUUCGCUUCCGCUGCAAAAGAUUUAACUGUAAGAGAAGCCCUGAACUCUGCACUUAAUGAGGAAAUGUCAGCUGACCCACGUGUGCUUUUAAUGGGUGAAGAGGUUGGAGAGUAUCAGGGUGCAUACAAGAUAACGAAAGGGCUACUGGAUAAGUACGGACCUGAUAGGGUCCUCGAUACCCCAAUCACAGAGGCUGGUUUCACCGGAAUCGCUGUUGGUGCUGCUUACCAUGGUCUCCGCCCUGUGGUCGAGUUCAUGACCUUUAACUUCGCAAUGCAGGCGAUUGACCAUAUCAUCAACUCUGCUGCAAAGACGUAUUACAUGUCAACUGGACAGAUAUCUGUGCCUAUAGUCUUCAGAGGACCUAAUGGUGCUGCUGCUGGAGUCGGCGCUCAACACUCUCAGUGUUAUGCAUCAUGGUAUGCAUCCUGCCCUGGGUUGAAAGUGCUGGCGCCAUAUUCGUCAGAAGAUGCACGUGGACUGCUCAAAGCUGCAAUAAGAGACCCAGAUCCUGUUGUUUUCCUCGAGAAUGAAUUGCUGUAUGGUGAGGCAUUUCCUGUUUCCGCUGAAGUACUUGAUUCCAACUUUGCUCUUCCUAUUGGGAAAGCCAAGAUAGAGAGGGAAGGAAAAGAUGUGACUAUCACAGCUUUUUCAAAGAUGGUUGGCUUUGCUCUCAAGGCUGCUGAGAUACUUGACAAGGAAGGAAUCAGCGCUGAGGUGAUAAAUUUGAGAUCAAUUAGGCCAUUAGAUCGAGCCACGAUAAAUGCUUCAGUCAGGAAAACCAACCGACUGGUGACUGUCGAAGAAGGGUUUCCUCAGCAUGGCGUUGGCGCUGAGAUUUGCACAUCUGUGGUUGAGGAGAGUUUCGGUUAUUUGGAUGCACCAGUGGAGAGGAUCGCCGGGGCUGAUGUUCCAAUGCCAUAUGCAGCUAAUUUAGAGAGGUUGGCGCUCCCACAGGUUGAGGACAUUGUUCGUGCAGCAAAAAGGGCUUGCUACAGGUCGGUUCCAAUGGCUGCAGCUGCUUGAGUCGGCAUGGAUUUGAGCCAUGACAUCGCUUUUUUAAAACGAAAGGUUAGUUCCUAUGUUCUUACUCUGGCCUGGCCAAAAUGACUCAUGACCCAAAGUGACCCGUCUCGUGACUGUCUAUAUGAACUGUAGAAGUUUAGACCAGAACCUAAUCCACUUGUUCAGCAGUGUUCAUUAGAUUAGUGAUUUUGCUGUUUAGCGCAAUCAUGUUAUCCACAAUGUCCCAAUCCACCAUAGCCUACCGGCUACCGCCAAGUCUAGGUACAUUGUUUCAUUGUGCCUUGACCUGAUCUGUUUACCUGGUCUUGUCGUCUCCGUCGUUAAAAUGUAAAAACACAUGGUCUUUGGUCUAGGAUAUGGUUGACACAAAGAAAACAGAGACUAAAUCUGACUUUUGUUUGUUCAGGUACACAGAGAGAUUUGUAUAGCUUUGGCCGUCAUCUCAUCCUCAGAUUCUCCCUCCUCCUGGUAGAUGGGAGGAAGGGUGAAGGAAGGAGAAUGGAGCAGCCAUCAAAUAAUACACACACGUGCGGGAGAUAGUCUAGCUAGACUGCAGCAUCAGAAGAGAGAAUAAUAAAUCCUUUUGUUUUUCCGGCUUUACCUGUAUCUAGAUAUCUAAUGAAUCGUGUAAGAAAAACAAAGAAGCCUUUGGAGAUGACGGGUGUAAUGACGCGUGAUGCAGAUAAGAGAAUGUGAUGGAGCUCAUCACCAUUAUAUAAUAUCAGACUUUUAUUUCAUUUUCUGGUGGCCGUAUGUUUGUUUACAUAAGCAGCAAGCAAAUUGUGGGGUGAAGUGGAGACCAAAGUUGGAUCCAGCGGCAGUUGAAUCAAAUCGUUGACUAGAGUGAAGGGGUUAGGGGUAACGUUCUAAAUAGGCUAUAUGAUUGAUUUGCCCCUUCCCCAAGACUUCCAUUCCUUUUCUGCGUGGCUGCUAACUCUAUAGCUUAGUUCAUUUGCAGUCUUUUCUUUGCCGUGUAAGUUGUAACAUGCAAGCAUUUGACGAAGGGAAGAAACAGACAGAAAUGUAAGUUGUAACAUGUAACAUGCAGUCUUUUCAAGCUUAGUUUAUCGGUCUUUUCCAUUUCAUGUGGCGAAGAGUUUGACGGAAGAAACAGAAAAAGGAACCAAGGGAAGAAUUUUCUUGCAAGCAGUACCAAACAAAUGAGAAGAAACAAACGAGGAGACUAGUUGGACUCUGUCGAGUCUCAUGGGUAUGGGUUGUGUCUGGUUCAAGACAUGAGCACCUAGCUUCUUCUUCGAUUAGCAUCUUCCCCAUGACUGAAAACAGUGGCGAAUGGCCCUUCCUUGACUAAAUUGUACCCUAACAAGUUUUUUUCAUAGGCGAUGUUGGUUUUGAGGUGGUUCGAGAUUCAGGUUUUUAAGUUAUGCUUUUUUCACUCCGUUAUUGCUAAGUUUAUUAACCACUCUUUUAGUGCCUAAUUACAUUUUGGAAUGUAUCAAAUGUCCAUGAAGUUGGCACAAAUAUGUGGAAGCCAAACACUAACAUUUGCAAGCCUUAUAUUCGUCAUAAUAUUCAUCUAGUUUGAUUUUGCUAAGAAAAGAAAAAAGAAAAAUACUCCACGACUAAACAUGACACUGAUAU